CAUGUUGUGUUACUUGUAGGUGAGAUAGUGGUCCGCAAUUUAGGUCAAAAUGAGGGCCAAAAUGACGAUAAUUUUUGGCUGGACCGAGCUAGAUAUGAGGCUUUAAUUGAGCAAGUUGCAGAUGAGGCCCAAGAAGACUCCGACUUUGUUGAAGAUGAGUAUGCCCUAGAGGAAGAUGAUGUUGGAGAAGCUGAAGUAAACACUACUGAACCUAGCAUAUGGUGGCUUUUAGUUAAUGACUUCUGCAACCAACAAGAAGAAGAUAACUCAAGUAUUGGUUAUGAUGAUGAUGAAGAUCUACAUAGCUUAAAAAGUGGUGAUGAGGGUGACUGUGAAUCUAAAAAAAGUAGGAAGGAGUUUACCCCGCGAGAUGAAUGGUUAGAUUUCAAGUUUGAUGUUGAAUUAGAGUUUGCUAAUGUGGACCAGCUAAGAGAAGCUAUAACAGAGUACUUCAUAGCCAAUGACAGAGAGUUUGUGUAUAUUUUCAAUAAUCAAACAAAGUUGAAAGCAGUUUGUAAGGCUAAAGGAUGUCCAUGGUCUCUAUAUGCUAGGGUACAGAAAAGAGACAACACUACUUUUAGAAUUAAUUCCAUUUGGAAUGUUCAUAAUUGUGGAAUAGUGUUUAAUAGUAGGCAUGUGGAUGCAACUUGGUUGGCUAAGCAUUUUAUAGAUCAAUUUAGAAUGAACCCCAACAUGCAUUAUAGUAACUUUAUGGAGUUGACCACUGAAAGCAAGUUCUCCCACACAACCAGCAUGUUUUCUACAAUGCAAAGAAAAAGGCUAAACAAUUUCUUCAAGGCUCGGUAGCUGAACAGUACGUUGUAUUAGAGGAUUACUGCAGGCAACUGCUCGAGUUGAAUCCCGGAAGCACAGUCAUUAUAAAAAGCAAUCUAGUUGAUGAGAAGAGGUUGUUCGAGAGAGUUUAUGUAGGCCUUAAAGCUUGUAAGGAUGGAUUCAAAGCAUGCAGGCCACUCAUUGGUUUAGAUGGAUGCUUCCUAAAAGGAUACUGUAAAGGUAUGUUACUUGUUGCUAUUGGUAUUGAUGCUGAUAACUCUAUGUUCCCAAUUGCAUAUGCUAUUUGCGAGAAAGAGAAUACUGAUACUUGGACAUGGUUUUUAAACUUGUUGAAAGAAGAUUUAGAAGUUACCAAUCCUACAAAUAUCACUAUGAUUAGUGAUAGACAAAAAGGUUUAGAGAAAGCUCAAGGCUCUACAUUUGAGGGUGCAGAGAUAAGAUUUUGUGUGCGUCAUUUACAUGCCAAUUUCAAAAAAGAUUUUCCAGGUCUUUUGUUGAAACAAAAGUUGUGGGCAUGUGCAAGAGCUACAACACUAGAGGAGUUCAAAAGAAAAAUGGCUGAACUAAAGGAGGCCAAUGAAAAGGCCUAUGACUGGUUGAUGAAGAAAAACCCAAGUGAAUGGAGUAAGAGUCAUUUCAAAUUUAAUGUUAAAUAUGACAUGUUAUUGAAUAACCUUUGUGAAUGUUUUAAUGCUGCAAUAUUAGAAGCAAGAGAGAAGCCUAUCAUUACAAUGCUAGAGAAAAUUCGAUUCUAGUUAUUUAGUAGAUUUUGUAUGAAAAGAGAAAGUGUUUCAAAAUGGCCGUAUCUAGUUGGAAAGAGGGUUUGGAAAGUUAUAGAGAAGAACAAGCAAGUGGCCAGGCGUUGUUCUUGCACUAGGGCUGAUGCACACCUAUUCCAGGUACAUUAUCGUGAUUUGGAAAGGUUCUCAGUCAACUUGGUUAGUUGGACAUGUACUUGUACGGGUUACCAACUAACUGGAAUACCUUGUGGGCAUGCAAUAUCUGCUAUUUGGAGCUCUAACUUGGAAGUAAUGGAUUUUGUGGAUAAUGUGUACAAGAAAGAGGUCUUUACAGCUUAGUAUGCAAGCAUUAUUUAUCCAAUGCCAUCACCUGAUAAAUGGCCAAACCCAGGACAAAAUCCAAUUUAUCCACCUGCUGAUACUGUUUUACCCGGGAGACCAAAGAAAGCAAGAAAAAAGGAUGUUGAUGAACUUCCUGCCGCUAAUGCAACUAAGGCUAGAAGAUUUGGACAGUUCAACAGCUGUAGCAAAUGUGGAAAACAAGGUCAUUCUCGUCGUACUUGUAAGAAUCCAACAAGAGAGCAGGCUAAUACUGAAAACCAACAAGCAACUAGUACUAGCAAGAGGCAAGGAAGGCCACCAAAGAAAAAUCCAAGUGUAGAAACUGUGAAAAGAAAUAAGAGGAGAGAAAAACAAAAGGCAAGGAAAACAGCAAAACAAUCUCAAGAAAUACCAAGAACAUCUCAACAGGGAUAGAAAUAGGCAGUGGUAGUGAAACUAUUUUGGCUAGACUUUCUUUUGACAAGUUGACCUUUUGACAUUUACACUUUCUUUUGGCCUUUUGAAAUAGGCAGUAGCAUGUUAGUCUUUUGACAUUUACACUUUGUUUUGGCAUGUUGGCCUUUAGACAUUUAGGCUUUUAGCACGUUGGUUUGUUUGUUUAGACUCAACUCUGUAGGCGUUUUGGCUUUCUCUUUUCAAUGAAAUUUUUAUUUACUUUUUCUUUUUUUAAAAAAAAAGACUUGCAAAAUGUCUAUGAAAUCAGACAAUUAUAAUGAUAAAAUCAUUAAUGUUUUGUCUCUAAACUACAAAGAAAUCACACUUUCAUCUUUAUCUUUUUCUUUUUUGAGAAAGUACUGUACUUUCAUCUGUUGCAAUGGUAUUAAUUUGAUAUUGUUACUUCCAACAAAAAAAAAUAUGGUAUAGUUACUAAUUAUUAAUUCUUAUUUGUUACCGUACCUUUUAUUCUAACAUUUUUGUAAAUACUGUUAAAUUAUUACAAUCUGAAAUGAUGCACUUAUGAUAUUGACACUCCCAUUUUUUGGUGUUUUAUUCAUUGGGUAUAACUCUUGUAACAAAAAAAUGACUUGA